GAGCCGCGACGCGCACGCCUCUCGCUGCGACCGCGGAGUGUCAUGUGUGAGUGGUGAACGAUCAGUGAACAACCAUGAAGGGCCGACACCAAUUCCGACGCCGGUUCAGCCUCCAGCCGUCUUUCAUGAAAGAAGAACACGAGGAGGAGCGAAGACCUCACAGGACUGAAAGAACAGAAGACACCGUAUCAAGCAGCGGAAACCUAACCAAUAAUGCAGUCCGUCACAAAAUUGUCGUGAUGGGAGCAGCCAAAGUCGGCAAAUCCUCGCUCAUCUCACAGUUCCUCUACAACACUUUCUCGCCUAAAUACAAAAGGACGAUCGAGGAGAUGCACCAUGGAGACUUCAAUGUUUCUGGUGUGAGACUGACGCUGGAUAUCCUCGACACAUCAGGAGCGUACGAGUUCCCAGCUAUGAGGGCGCUGUCUAUGCAGUCAGCGGAUGCCUUCAUACUCGUGUACGACAUAACAGACGCGGACAGCUUCGCAGAAGUCAGGACCUUGAGGGAUCAGAUCCACGAGACGAAGGAAAGCACAGCAGUCCCGAUAGUCGUAGUCGGCAACAAAGUGGACUUGGCAGAGACAGGAGCGCGACAAGUAGAGUUCCACACCACAGAAUCCGUGGUCACAGUGGAUUGGGAGAACGGCUUCGUCGAGGCCUCAGCGAAAGACAACAUCAACGUGUCGCAAAUCUUCAAGGAGUUGUUAGUGCAAGCGAAGGUGAAAUACAAUCUGUCCCCGGCGCUGCGGCGGCGGCGGCGACAGUCCCUGCCUACGGGGCCCCAGGGCCCCCCCGGGUCCAGUCCGACCCCGCCCGCGUCUUCCCACGCGCCCCACGUCCCGUCGCCGGCACAGCUUGCUCAUCUCCAACAGAUCAGGGAACGACACAACAGCAAACGCAACUCGUGUGUCAUCUCUUAAGUUUUAGUAUUAUUGAGAUGAGAGUGUAAAGUUGUUUUGGUGAUAUUUGGUUAUAAUAGCGGUAAAGAUGGUAGUGUCAAAGAUAGGGUUUUGAUUACCUAG